GAUAAAUCAGCAGAUUGGGUUAAAGCUCAAGGAAGCUCCGGUGUUUGAAGCUAAAAGUGAGUGAGUGAGUGCGUGAGAUGGCUGAAAAUGCAGCGGAGUGUGAACUACCACAGAGGCGACUCGGACCUAAAGAGAACCGCAAUGGUAACUCGACAGAUGCAUCUGUUAGAGAAAGAAAGCAGAAAGAAAGAGAAGAGCGCCUCUCUCUGGUGUUGUGGAGAAAACCAAUCCAGACGCUGCACUAUUCAUUCCUAGAAACUCUCAUGACUGUAAAGGAGUGGACAUUGAAGCUGUGGCAGAGAAGAUACACAGUGUUUUUUGUCCUAGUGCUUUUUUCAGUCUUCUCAAUGGCCUACUCAGUAGAGGGAGCGCAUCAGAAGUAUGUACAGUACUUGGAGAUGAAGUUCCUGUGGUGUGCCUACUGGGUAGGCUUGGGGAUUUUAUCUUCAGUAGGACUUGGAACAGGUCUUCACACUUUCCUUCUUUACCUGGGUCCGCACAUAGCCUCGGUCACUCUGGCUGCAUAUGAAUGUGGCUCUGUAAACUUUCCCGAGCCACCGUACCCAAGUCAGAUCAUCUGUCCAGAGGAGGAGGUGCUUCAGGACAGCGUCUCCUUGUGGACCAUCAUGUCCAAGGUUCGCCUGGAAGCCUGCAUGUGGGGUGCUGGUACCGCUAUUGGAGAACUCCCUCCAUAUUUCAUGGCCCGUGCGGCUCGUCUUUCUGGAGCUGAACCGGAUGACGAAGACUACGAGGAAUUUGAAGAGAUGCUGGAACAGGCACAGAGUGCACAAGAUUUUGCAACAAGAGCAAAACUUGGUGUUCAGAACAUGGUUCAGAAAGUUGGAUUCCUUGGAAUCCUAGCAUGUGCUUCAAUUCCAAAUCCUCUGUUUGACCUGGCUGGCAUUACAUGUGGUCAUUUCUUGAUUCCAUUCUGGACCUUCUUUGGAGCAACAUUAAUUGGAAAGGCAGUCAUCAAGAUGCACAUUCAGAAACUGUUUGUUAUCAUAACGUUCAGCAAGCACAUAGUGGAGCAGAUGGUCUCUCUGAUCGGUGCCAUACCUGGGGUGGGAGCGUCCUUGGAGAAGCCUUUCCGGGAAUAUCUGGAGGCCCAGAGAGCCAAGCUUCAUCACCCAACUGGAGAUGGCACGCCUGCGGGUGAGAACUGGCUCUCCUGGGUCUUUGAGAAGGUGGUGCUAGUCAUGGUCUGCUAUUUUAUUCUAUCCAUCAUAAACUCCAUGGCACAGAGCUAUGCCAAGCGCCUGCAGCAGAUUCAGCACUCAAAAGAGAAAACCAAGUAAUGAACUCAUUCGAAAUCAUCUCGGACUCCCGUUCUGGAGGCCAAGGAAUAAUUACUGGCUGAAUGGGCACUAUGAACGUGCACUUCUGUAUGUUCUAUCAUGUAGAAUCCACUUUUUCCACUCGUCUGUAGCGUUUGACUUUUAAAUUGAGAUGUCCCAACUUGUGAUUUUACCUCUGUAGAGUUGAAGCAGUCUGAUAGAGACUGGACGGUAAUACUUGUUGCGAUGCCUUAUGCAACAUUGCAGGGUCAUGCUUCCAUUGAAGUGAAUGCAUUUGUAAUCAUAUAACAUAAUUUAUUUACUGGAUUAACCGUGUGAAUGAGCAGGGGUCGUUUUUGUAAGACUGGGGAUGCAAUUGGGUUUUUCAGGGACAGUUUUUUUUUUUUCUUUUUUCUUUUUUUUGAACAAUCUAAUGGCAUGUCAUUCAUUUGUUAUACAAAGAGCAAUAUCAAAAGAUCAGUGGAUUCUUAUUAGGCCGCACAUUGUGUAAAUAAUAUUUUAAGAUACAUGUGCGUAGAUUUAUUCAAAUAUUCAAAAAUAAUCUUCUACCAACAUGUGACAAAACUGACACUAUUAAUCCUGGUAAACUUUAGAACUAGCCCUGCCUCGUAGACUGUGUAGAUGUUUAUAAGCUGCCUUGAUUGUUUUUUUCUGUCUUAAGUUUGUACUAAGUGUAGCUAAUCGUAGGUCUUUCAUGGACCUUGUUGACUUAUGUUGGACAUUAAAAUGAACUAAUGCAUCA